UCUAAAUUCCGAAGCUAACCACCUUCUUGCUUUUUCAUUUCACCGUCUUCAUCAUGGGCGGCGGAGCAGCAAUAAGGUCAGCGGCCAAGGUUGCCGGCGGAUUCAAUGGGUUGUCGUCCCAGGUGGCGGAGCAUUCACUGCGCAACGCGGCACGACAUGUGCCGGAGGCGCUGUCGUCACCACCACCGCUCCUAGCAAUGGCUGGGGACGUGGCGCCAGUUUACUCGUCGGCGCCAUGGGAUCUUGAUGAUUGGGUAGUGGCCAAUGUUGACAACACUCAGCCGAAUGUGGAGAGAGUUGUGUUCGGUACUGUUCCGAGCUUCGAAGAGGCAAAAGCCGCCGCGUCGGAGCUGAAAAGUGCCGUUGAGAAGAUAUACCUGUGUGGGAGUUGUUCUAAAUCGGAGUGUUCUUCUCAUUCUGGAAGCCAGGCUUCAUGGGCGUCUCCUCACAUCAAUGAUAAUCAUUCUUAUAUCAACCAUGACACUACUAUUUCAUUCCCUUCUGUCCCAAUCAAUGCUUUUCAUCAGGCAUUUCAUUUGCUUAGCUCAAAUCCCGAGGCACAUAAUGUUGUAGCUUCUAUUGCUUCUGACUCCAACGUGUGGAAUGCUGUCAUGCAAAAUCCAGCGCUCAAGGAUUUUUUCAAAUCAUCACUCUAUGAAGCAGCUGGUGUUGAAGAGGGUUUAACCAAUGAGGAAAUAGAAAAGUUACCUGAUUCUGACUUAGGGAAUGCCCUUGUUGAUUAUAUGAGCACCAUGUUGAACAAGGCUUCUAUCACAGUAGCUGAGAUGGUAACCAGCAUGUCGAGUUAUGUCAAGAACAUUUUUAGGCCAAUAUCUGAUGAGAAAUCCUGUGAUCAUGCUUUUGGAAUUACCACCACUACAGCAAAAGAAAAUAAUUUCAUGAACCCUACUAUGGCCAUGGGAGGAACUUUUAUGGGAUUGGCAAUGCUGGUCAUGAUAGUUGUGUUACUCAAGCGAGCUUAAUUAAAUCUUUUUUUCUUGACUCAGUGAAAAUGGACUGAGUUUUGGAUGAAGUUUAUUUGUA